AUGAACCUGAAAAUACCUGAAUAUUCAACGACCGGUGGAGAACAGAUGCGUCCAAUUUUCAUGUCUACUCUGGUUUUUGAUGGUAAAGUUUACAAAGGCGAAGAAGCCAGAAGCAAGAAGAUAGCAAAACAGCUAGUUGCACGCGUUGCCAUUCGAUCACUCCUUGAAUCUGAUUCAGGAAUCCUCCAACAAAUAAUCAAUUCCAAGUCCAGAGUUCAAGUUGCUGUACCUGAAGUAAAAAAUUUGAGCACUAACCAGAGCAAUUUACCAGCUCCAUCAACACCAGGUAAUAAAGUUGAGCUUAUAUUAGUUAGUGAAUGA